GAUUGAGAUUCCUGAACUGCCACCCAAAACCAGUCAGGCCGAUCAAAUCAGCUCCAUCCAGACCUAGAAAAGGCUUCAGUCUGGCUCUCUAGACUAUAGCUGACUCCACAAUGCCAGGCAGAAUCACCCUCCCUGCACUGUGCCAUCUCCUCCUCCCUUGGACCUUCAUCUUCCACAAAUCCCUGGGGAACUCAGCACCCCACCCGGGCCCCCACUACCUCCUGCCCCCCAUCCACGACGUCAUUCACUCUCGUCGCGGGGCCACGGUCACGCUGCCUUGCGUCCUGGGCGCCUCGCCUCCUCCCAGCUACAAGGUGCGCUGGAGCAAGGUGGAGCCGGGGCACCUCCGGGACACGACGGUGCUCAUCACGCACGGGGCGUACGCGCGCGGCUACGGGCCCCUGGGCACGCGCGGCAGCCUGCGGCGGGGGCACCGGCUGGACGCCUCCCUGGUCAUCGCCAACGUGCGCCUGGACGACGAGGGCCGCUACCGCUGCCAGCUCAUCCACGGCGUGGACGACGAAAGCGUGGCGCUGACGCUGUAUCUGGAAGGGGUGGUGUUUCCGUACCAACCGAGCCGCGGCAGGUACCAGUUCAACUACUUCGAGGCGAAGCAGGCGUGCGAGGAGCAGGACGGACGCCUGGCCACUGACCGCCAGCUCUACCAAGCGUGGACCGAGGGUCUGGACUGGUGUAACGCCGGCUGGCUGCUCGAGGGCUCCGUGCGCUACCCGGUGCUCAGCGCGCGCGCCGCCUGCGGAGGCCCUGGCCGGCCGGGCAUCCGCAGCUACGGGCCGCGGGACCGCUGGCGCGACCGCUACGACGCCUUCUGCUUCACCUCCGCGCUCGCGGGCCGCGUGUUCUUCGUGCCUGGGCGGCUGACGCUGUCCGAGGCGCACGCGGCGUGCCGGCGGCGCGGGGCCGUGGUGGCCAAGGUCGGCCACCUGUACGCCGCCUGGAAGUUCUCGGGGCUGGACCGGUGCGACGGCGGCUGGCUGGCGGAUGGCAGCGUGCGCUUCCCCAUCACCACGCCGCGGCCGCGCUGCGGGGGCCUCCCGGAUCCCGGGGUGCGCAGCUUCGGCUUCCCCAGACCCCAGCAGGCGGCCUACGGGACCUACUGCUACGCCGAAACAGUCGUGGCCUGA